AUGGGUCUCUACGUCCGCAAGUCCUCCAACAUCGAGAACCACCCUCCCGCCAGACAACUCUCCUCCCAGAAGUUGUCUUCGAAACACUCGACUCAUACCACCCUGCGUGAGGUUGGCCGCCGUCGCCGCACCAGAGUCACUUCUGGAGUAACCCUCUCCAAGGAGGCGCGAGAGCAUGCCAUGCGCCGACGCCUUGAACCCAAGGUCACGAUGCGCAUUCCCAUCGUCGCCUCCGACACUACGAACGCGCAGGACCACCCUCCUACGACGCUCAGACUCCCCAGCCGCCUUGGCCGCCCUACCUUCCACGAGGUGUCCAGAGAGGCGAUGACUGCGAUUGAUCCGGACCUGGGGGAGGCUCCGAUGCAGUACAUUCGCGACAAUUUGGAGGCUGUGGGUGCUCGGAUGGCCCGGGUGCUCAGAGGCAUCGCUGCCGACCUCCGCAACACUAAGGAGCUCCCCAAAGAGAUCGAAAUCACCGUCAACGAGCUCUCUCCGGACAUGCCGACGCACAUGCUGGCUAUCCACGACAUGCGGCGUGACCAGCAGGCAAAGCACAUCACCCUGUACCCCAUCCACCAGAUCAUCUUCGCCGCGAACUGCCCAUCUUUCCCUGUCCUCCCGCCCUCGAUGCCAGCCUGCCCCGAGCGCCCCGGCUCCACCAUCACCAUCCCUGUAGUCCCGCUCGGCGUUCCAGACGCCGACAUGUUCCCCGUGAUCUCCGCCUACCUCUACUCGAAGAGCCACACCCGCCUCCUCGCCGCGCUCAUGCCCUGCGCGCCGCCGCCCGUCGAGGAGCUCACACCCGGCAGCGACGCCAAGCGGCAGUACGCGCGUCUCCUAGCGAAGGACUUCACGAUGCACGCCCUGAUGCGCUCCGCGAUGCGCGUGAACGGGGUCUGGCGCAACGCGUGCGCGCUCCAGGUGCUCGACUCGCGGCUCUGGCAGGCGAUCGACCUCGCGUGGGAGAUCAUCCUGCAGGCGAUCGUCCUCAGCUCCGGCGUGCUUCCCCCCAACCCCGUUCCUGUCCCCGUGCCUGCGCCUGCGCCUACAGUCGCUCCUGCGCUUCGCGCCCAGCUCUAG